UCUCUUACACACCAUAUAAUGAUGCGUGGCCUUCUCGCAGCUCUCGGCGCCGGAAGUAUCGUAACUGUUCUUGUUAUUGUCGGGUUAGAGAUUAUUCGUUUGAAUAGUCAAUGGUUUGAGUCAGGGCACGAGUCGAGGAGUGGUGAUUCUAGAAAUGAGUCGAGGAGCAAUGAGCGCAAUGGGUUCGGGCGAAAGACGAGUGAAGACAAGCCGCGGGAAGAGGAGGAAAGAGGAGGCUCGAACUCUAGGGAGGAAGUAGAACUACGAAAGAGAAAAGUACGAAACCUUGAAGAAGAAGUGGAGCCAGAACUGCAGCGCUCUGACGAGCCUGUUGUGCAGCAUGACAUCCCUUCUCUCCACCCACUUUUCACCAAUUUUCAUGAACCUGGACUUAAUUUAUCGAAUCUAAACCCCCCCGCGGACACUACCAACGAAGCCGACAGCGAUACAGAUUCUGACAGCACAGACUCGACAACCACACUCCAAUCCUCCAUCCAAACCCUCAAGCAACAAUUGAUUUCCAAACGCUCCGCCCUCCAACAAGAACUGGCAGAUUUAGGCUGGAAAGAAGAACAGAUUCGCAUCUUUAUGGAAUCUGGUAAAACCAGGCCCGAUCAAAAUCUCCAUGUGUCAUCCGCACAGCCAGAUACCAGCUCCUUUGUUGGUACGGACAUAUCACCAACGAUCCAGCCAACACCUUGUCUCCCACCAACCCUUUCCGAAGCGGACUAUGAUGGGCAGUCCAUGGUUUCCCUCACGGAUGUACCGUCUGUGGAUGAAGAUGUUGCCUCCGUGCUCUCGAGGACCGAGAGUAGUUGGUCGGCGGUGUCGGUGCCAGAUUAUGUGAAGGAAUAGAUCCUAGCAUGGUGGUGGUGUUGAAGGGCGUUUUAUAUGGGAUCAUCAUUUGUUAUUGCGUACAUCUGCGCCAGCUUCUAAUAUGACUGAUUUAUGUUGCUUUGUCUGCCA